AAAUUCCAUUGUGGACUAUUUUUAGAGGUUUCUCUAUUUGUAAGAAGGUAGAGAGAGAAACAAAGAGGAAAGUAAAAAUAAAUGGAAGGGAAAGAGAAAGAGAAAGAAGAAGCGAAGAGGACAAUGAUCAUGAAGAUCAACAAACUCAAGGAGACACCUCAAGAGAUAAGCCAAGAAGACGCUAAAAGACAAGAAGCUUACAACAUGUCUCCACGUGUACGUGGUGGUAGUGGCUCUGCGGGUAUGGGAAAGUCAUCGAGCGUGAGGCUAAACUGUUUAUGCGCACCAACAACACACCCUGGCUCCUUCAGGUGCCGUUACCACCGUCGCAACUCUGCACUCGGAAUGUCACGUGGCAUAUCUGUUCCCUCUAACCUUUCCAUGUUGGGAGGAGGAGGCUCUCCUAAAUCCUAAAGUCGUCGUCUCAUGAUUUAAUAAGCUAUAUAAUGUGUUUUUUUUUUUUUCUCAAUUCAAAACCUCUCCAAUGUGUUUGUGUGUAUAUAGAACGUGAGACAAGGUGUGGUUUUCUUUUCUUUAUGUUCUUGUUUGUAAAGGAUUUCUUUAAAAUACCAAAAUGCAUAACAAGUAGAGGUACCUCUGGGCAAUGCAAACACUCUUGUGUUAAAUUUACAUAACGUUGAGGUCAAACAAAAGAAGACAAGUUUUCUCCUACGGACGUGGUUCCGUUUUGUAAUCGGGUAAAUUUUUUUCAUAUCAUGCCGUUUUAAACUAUGAGUAGGGUUUGCUAAUAGCAUGUUUAAUGGAGGUUCUUAGGGUGGAGUUCUUAACGGAAUAUAAGAACCCGUCUCUUAACUUUUAACUAAAACAAACUAUGAACCGGUUCUUAAAUAUCUUAGUUUUAAAAACCGGUUCUUAAAUAUUU